CGCGGAGCUGUCUGUUCCCAGCGCAGCCCGGCACCAGCCCACCAAGCGGGAGCUUACCCCGGCGCCUGCCGCCCUCCGUAGCGCCCGACCGCUCCGCUGCCCUGCUCUCCCGCGGAGCGAUGGUGCGGAGGGCGCCCGGCGCGACCCUCGCCCUGCUCCUCUGGGUAACGACCGUCUGCGGCAGCCCCGACGGGCUAGGGGCGGGCGCCGCCGCCCGCAGGCAAGACGAGGCGUUCUCCACCGCCAGAUGCACCUCCAGGUGCCUGAGCCUCCAGAUCACCCGCAUCUCCGCCUUCUUCAAGCAUUUCCAGAACAAUGGGUCACUUGCUUGGUGCCAGAAUCAUAAACAGUGUUCAAAGUGCCUGGAGCCCUGCAAAGAGUCCUGGGACCUGAAGAAAAACCAUUGCCAAAGCUUCUGUGAUCCUCUUUUCCCAAAGAAGAAUUAUGAAUGCCUAACUAGCUGUGAAUUCCUUAAGUACAUCCUGUCUGUGAAGCAAGGGGACUGCCCAGCACCUGAGAAGGCCAGUGGUUUUGCAGCUGCCUGUGUUGAAAGUUGUGAAGCUGAUAAUGAAUGUUCUGGGGUGAAGAAAUGCUGUUCCAAUGGAUGUGGGCAUACGUGCCAAGUUCCAAAAAAUCUAUACAAAGGUGUUCCACUGAAACCCCGGAAAGAAUUAAAAUUCAUAGAACUUCAGUCUGGUGACCUAGAAGUGAAGUGGUCUUCAAAGUUCAAUAUUUCCAUUGAGCCUGUGAUCUAUGUUGUUCAGAGAAGGUGGAAUCAAGGAAUCCAUCCAAGCGAGGAUGAUGCUACCAACUGGCAAACUGUGGCACAGACUACAGAUGAGCGGGUUCGGCUGCCAGACAUCCGAGCGAGCAGGUGGUACCAGUUCCGUGUUGCAGCUGUGAAUGUGCACGGGACGAGAGGGUUCACGGCACCCAGCAAACACUUCCGAUCCUCAAAAGAUCCAUCUGCUCCACCAGCUCCAUCUAAUAUCAGAAUUGCCAAUAUCAGUGCAAACAACGAUGGGAGUGUAAAUGUAAUGAUUACUUGGGAUCUUCCAGAAGAACCUGAUAUCCCAGUGCACCACUACAAAGUCUUCUGGAGCUGGACAUACAGCAAAUACGUAAUCCCAGCCAAAAAAAAGAGAAGAAAGAUUACUGAUGGGGCCCAAAAUUAUGUGGUCCUGGAGGGACUCCAGCCCAAUAGCAACUACAAUGUAGAACUGCAGGCAGUAACACGCUGGGGCCAGAUACGCCUAAAAAGUGCUAAGGUUUCUCUCCAUUUUAGUACAACUCAGGACACCAGGAAUAAUAAGGAACGAACAUCAUCUUCUGGGAAACCCCAGAAAGGACUGGUAGAUCCUUACCCAACCUUUCAAAGAAGAAAACCCACUCGUUUUCUUAAAAUUGGAAGUCCUUUCUAUCAGGACAAUCAACUUCAGGUCAAAGUAUACUGGAAGAAGAGAGAUAUGCAGUCAGAGUUCACAUACUUCCUGACAGAGAAUUGUCCUCUUUGUCUCCUACAUGAUAUCAGCAUGAAUCAAUUCCAAGUCCACUGGUUACUGGAGUCCUGUGCACACAAUGACAGCAAAGGACCCGGGAAAGUAACAGAGCUGACUUAUGAAAACUACAUAAUUCUGAAGGACCUGUCAUUUUCAUGCAAAUACAAAGUAACUGUUUUGCCUGCAAAAUCUAAAGGUCGUUUUAAGGCUGAGAGUAUUUUCUUUGUUACCCCACCUUGUUCUGCACUUAAAGAAAAAACUCACAAGCACAUUAAUUGUCCUGCUGAAGGAGUGCCAGUUCUACCCAAAGUGUUGGCCAAACCCGAGAAUCUGUCUGCGUCUUUCAUUGUUCAGGAAGGUAACAUCACUGGCCAUUUUUCCUGGAAGAUAUCCAAGGCAGACCUUCACCAGCCCAUGACAGGGUUCCAAGUCACUUGGGCAGAAGUAACCACGGAAAGCCGGCAGAACAGCUUACCCAACAGCAUAAUUUCACAGUCACAGAUACUGCCAGCAGAUCACUAUAUACUUACUGUGCCCAAUCUGAGGCCAUCGAUGCUGUACCGCUUGGAAGUUCAAGUGCUGACGACUGGUGGGGAAGGGCCAGCUACAAUAAAAUCAUUUCGAACACCCGACCUUCCUCCAUUUUCACCCCACAGACCUCAUCUGAAGCAACAUCAUCCACAUCACUACAAGCCACCCCCAGAGAAAUAUUAGACUGUUUCAGAUGAUUAUAAGAAUAAGAAGAGAAAAAAACUGAGCUCCCAAACGAAGGCUGGGAAAAGGCACAUCUGUAGAAGCAAUGAACCCAGUUUUCCAGUGGAAGUUACCGUCCUCUACGAUCUGUAUCUACUUCUCUGUAGUUUAGCCAUGAAGAAUUGUAUUUGCACCAAGACCAGGAUGAAGCAUAUAGCAAGUAUCAUGUAAUUACCACCGCUAUUCCACAAACUGAAGAUCACAUACAACUCAACACCUGUGGGAAAAUCAGAAGUUUGUUCAUUAUAAUGAACAUUUUUUUGCAUUUCCAUGUUUAAAGUAGAUUGAAAUGGUGCAGCGUAUACAGCUUUUUCUCUUAGUGACUUCAACGUUAAUAUUUGCAGGGUUGUCCUGUUAUGUAUACAUACUUUUGAACACUGGAAGCCAUGUUCUCAUCAGCAUAUUUAAAUGAUCUAUUUUACUUAAAGCUUUGCCUGUCACCAGUUUAAGCCCCAGUGUAUUUUGCUGUUAAAGAUCUCCGUAAGUCUGAAAUGAGGACGUAAGUAAAAUAAAUACCAGUAGCAGAAGCCCUAAAAUAGUCAGUAUUUGAUAAUUGCAGUAUCACCACAGAGGAGGAUGACGAUACAUUUGUAUCACCUGUCUAUUCUGAAGUAGUAUGUUCUAAUGUGUAGGUCUUCUAUUAACAUAGUUAAUAGCUAAAAUAUAUACAGGGUAGAUGUACCAUUGUAAAGGAACAAAUGGCAAUUGAUAGAAUUGUUGAAAAUUAAUGGCAAUUAAUACAAUUAAUUGAUAGGUCCUACUUUUGAAAUCCCACUUAUAAUUUUUUGGUAUAUAAUAUUUCAAGAUGAAUAGUUAACAUUUUAGAAACUGAAAUUCUGAGACGCAUUUAUUAUUCAAGUAGCUGCAGAGCUACUUUUUGGCUUUGGAUUUUGAUAUGCAUAUUUCUUUUCCCCAUGGAUCUUUUGAACAGAAGGAUGGAUGUAUUGGCUCCAUUCUGCUAUUCUGCUUACAGAAAGAAUUAUAUGACAAUAUUCUGAUAUCUGGAAAACGUUGGUUUAUAGUUUAUUUGAAUGCAUUUUUCAAAUUUAGACAGAAGGGUGCCCUUUUUAACCAUAAGAGAAUUCAUAUUGCCUUAUUGUGCAAUAUAAACUGUCUAAGAUAAUUUGCCACACAGAGAGACAUACCUCGACAGUAAACAGAAACUGCUUAGAUUUAUGAUCGAGAGGAUGGAAAGUAUCUGCCCAUAAAUGUUCAUACAAAUACUCAUAAUCAGCUUCUAAAGUUCAAGAUAUUCAACGUGCUCCUGCAUUCUUUGAUGAUACAGGGAACCAUUUCCAUUUUUCCCUGUAUCAUCAUAUGAGGAUAACGUACUUCAAACACGCAGGAGUCAAACUGGCCACUUUUUCUACCAGCAGAUGCUACAGACUCACCUAUACUUCAUAGUUGCCUGAGAUAUUCAGUGUGAGGAGCUCAGCCUUUAGUGGUAAAUAUAUUUUCCUUCUCUUGGUAGUGUUUUGUGGAAAGCAAAUAUGAAGAAAAGAAAUACACACCUGAAACUGAGGAUCACAGUUAUGUUUAUCGUACUAGAGUGUUCACAAAAUAUUCAAAUAUGGUUUGUCUGUACUAAAGUUUGUAGCUUUUAGUUUCACGUGGGUUAGUAACACAGGGGGUGAAGGAAGCUGAGUUAAUUUUUGCUUAUUUCAGUUUUCCUACAUUUCUACCUUUGGUUUUAAAGGGCUCCUUUUCCCCCUCCAUUCUCUUUCUACUUUGCUGCUUGUCCUUUUUGAUACGCACUCAGUGACCAAGAACUUUUCCAGACAUUUUCUAUUGCUACAUGGUUUUGGCUUUUAACAGUAGUUUUAAAAAUAUUAAAGGCUAUGGUACUUUUAAUUCCUUCCUCUAUCAUUCCGUCAUCUCCCCUUCUCCAAAAUACAUUAGGAAAUAAACAUAUGACCUGUUCUUCAGAAAAUAUGUCAUAUAAAGCUUUAUUUUAAAUUUUGGCAGAGACAGAUUCGCAGAGAUUUUUGUCAGAAUGGAAAUGUUUUGUGUGUAAAAAUGUUUACCAGGAAAACACAAUUUGAAUGGGACUGGUGUGCAGUACUUCGACAUUUAGAUUGCACAGGACAUAGGUAAGGCUAGAAGUGAUCUCCAUGGUGUUUGCUGAGAGCAGGAGUCAGUGGGAUCAGGGAAAAUAAUUACCUUAGGUUUCUCUGAAAAAUUCUGUCCAAACCUUUCAAUCACAGUCUAUUCUAGUUAUGCUAGAACAAAUCUGCAGCGACUUGAUUAAUGUUAAUGAAAUUGUGUUUCAUUCAUAGUGACAUGGUAAAGCAUAGAACAUGGAUGUCCAUCUUUAUUACAAUGAUACCAAAUCUGUCUUGGAGAUAAACUAAAAGUUAGCAGCCCUGAGUGAUCAUACCCUUAGUCUUGAUUGCCGAGGGGAAGCCUCAAGCUUCUGAAAUGAAUCAGAAUAGUUACUGUUUACUGAUGCCAGUCUCUUUGAAGCAUUGAACUUUUAACAGUAACAAUGUAUUUUUGAAGAACCUGGUGUGGUUUUGCCUUUUAAAGUAGAAUCUGGAAAUUAAAAAAAAUGUUGAUAGAGUUGCAUUGAACCAGUGUGUUAUAUAGGGUCCACUAAGACAUAAAUUAUUUUUUUCCUUUUACAAACCAGCAUAUGAAUUCAGCUCUCAAGUCACCCUCCAAAUCAAAAAUGAAAAAUACAAAGUCAACAAAGCUCAUGCCUGGAUGUUAAAUUUCCAACUGUCCAUGAUUUCGUGAUUAUUCCUUGAAUUUAGUGGUACAGAUUUGAAGUUGUUAGUGCCUAAUUCAUUAAGCCUUGUUUGCUGAAUUUUACAGGGUAUUGUCCUAAUCUACUAGCCUAAGUCAUUAAACAUUUAAUUCGGCAAUAGAGUUAUAAUUGCUAUUUGAUUCACUAGUUGAAGAUUUAUUUUCUCUAAUGAUGUUGCGUAACACAGAGUUAAUAUAGAUCUUGAGAUGGUUUUAGAUACUCUGCACCUUUACACUGAUGUAUUAUUUGCUAUGUAUGAUUCUGAUUAAUAUGUCUGUUGACUUCAGGAUGCAUUUUGUUUGUCUUUAUUUCUUAAAGGAGAAUUAUAAGAGUAUGCUAUUUUUGCUAACUGCUUUGUGAAGUGGAUUUUUUUUUGUUCAUCAAUGAUUUUCGUUUAAGAAGAGAACCGUUUGUUCUUUGUUUUUUCACCAGUUUUGAGUUGCUUAUAGAGCAGGAGAAACACAAAUAAGACAGAGCUUAUUCUGUAUGUAGAUCUAUGUGUAUAAUAUUGAACAUUCAUUAAGAAUAUAGUGCAGAGACAAUAAACAAGAGGUCUGACUUCUGAAAUGCUGAACAUCCUUGACUUAAUGGCUUCAGAAGGAGCUGAGGACAUUAUGUGGCAAUGCUAACAUUGACAUUAAUGUUUGACAUGGUCACACACAAAGAUAAAAAAAUACCGAUUGCUAAUCUGAAUGAGAAUUUUACCGUUCAUAUUAGCAGAACUGCAUAGAAACUUUAAUACUAAGUCAAUUUAUUCCACAAUGCUUUCAUCUCCAUGCUCCAAACUGGAGCCAGCGAAUUUCAGAUAAGCAGGCCCUGAUUUAGGAAGGUGUGCAGAAGAGGAAAUUUUCAUAUGCACGAAAGAAGUCAGUGGGAUGGAAGUAAACCUGUGCAGUUAAGAAUGAGCUUUAGCAAUGCCUUGCAGAAAGCACAGAUGUCAAAAUUUGCUUAAAUAGUAUAUUGAAUCAGGGCCUUAUAGAACAAAGUGUGAGGCCCAGACAGUUCCAAAUUCUGUGUACAACACCAUGAAACGUUUUACUUUUGUCUUGUGUAUAUGUAAAUGUCAUCGUGAUAUUGACUUAUUUAUUAAUUCAUUUUCUUAUACUGUGUGCCAAGUAUAUUCCUACCCUUUUGAGCAGCACCUGUGAACAUCAAUUACUAAAAAUAAUGUUAUGCAAACUUGUGCAUUGUAACCAGGAAAAUGAUGCUAAUAAGCUGUUGCAUGUAGUUUAAAAUACUUAAGAAAACCCUUUAUUUAAAAAAUGUAAAUGAAUACCUGCCGAUGUUAAUGAUUAUAUAUGGUUUUGCAUGCCAAAACUCAUUGUUCAGUUGUGGGCAUGAAAUGUAAUGACUGUAUUACCUCUACUGAAUAUAUUAGUAAGGUACAAUUUACAAAGUAAUUAUCAGAGCUCUAUAUGUAAAAUUUUUCCUUCUGAUUUAAUUAUAUCGUAGUAGAGGUAACAGAACUGCUUCUGUUACCCAGAUUGGCUGUAGAAAUUAUGUUCCCAUAACACUCAUUUAAAAUCAGUAUUUAUUUAUGUAUGUAAUACAAAAA